CAACAUAAAAAGGUGGGCAACGCACAGAUCGCACGAGAUUCUGAAUUCAAAUAGCCCUAGUGGCCGAACAUGCCCACACAAAUAAGAGAGUGAUUGUUUCGAAGCAAAACUGCCGUUUUUAGGCUCUGCUCGUCCCCCGUGCUCUGCUCUGCCGGCGCAGCCGCAGCUCUUCCUCUCACCUCGCCGCGCGGCGCACCAAAAAGAAGCUGAAGUCUGAGAUCCGGAGACUACACGCCGCGAUGCAGAAGCCGGCCCUCAACACCGGGGGGAGCGGUCACGCGACGAGGGCGGACACGCUCACGCAGCGGGAGCCGGACACGUUAGGAGCACCAUGCUUCGACGACGACAACGAGGGCACAAAUUAUUGGUGGUGGACGGUUCAGAUGAGGCAGCGCCUGUUUAACUUCAACCCUCUUGUGUGGAGAAUGUUGGACGAAGCAAACCCAACGGAUCUCGAGCAGAGGAACAGCCACUACAACGCCCAAGUUAUGAACGCCUUAUACUGUGGCUUGAGUGAUGAUCAGCUCUACCGGGUCUGGCACCUUGAGAGCGCCAAGGAGAUUUGGGACGCUCUCCGGAUUAUGCAUACACAAGACACCUCGAUUGUUCGCGAGUUAAAGGCCGAAUUGUUAAGGGAAGAGAUGAGGUCGUUCGCCUUGCACAAGGGCGAGUCCCCCAAUGACAUGUACUUGAGGCUCCAUGCUUUGGUCCGUAAGAUGGAGCACCUUGGAUGCAAAGAGGUGACCGAUUCUUAUGUUGUGAGGAAGAUGCUUCGCGCCAUGGCACCACGGAACCCAUCCCUGGUGAGUAAUAUUUGCGAGGAUCCUAAAUUUGAAGAACUGACACCCCAGGAUGUGCGCGAUACUUUCAUCAUCUGUGACACACAGCGCGAGUACGCCAAGGUGGACACCGGCAGAGAAACCUCUCCGCCACCCAGCUCUUCCUAUGGAGAGCCAGAAUAUCCUGGAGGUAGCUCGGGAGAAACACCUCGCUACGCUGGCGCACAGUAUCUGUCAUGGCAGCGUAGGAUGAAAUUCCACUUGCUCAGCAUUCACCCUCUUGUGUGGGCAAGUGUGGAAACUGGUUUCUCUUAUGUAGAUGAAGCAAAUCUAACGGCUCUCGAACAGAGGUAUAAGCAGUGCAAUGACCAAGCUUGGUGCGCCUUAUACCGUUCCUUGGAUAAUGGCCAAGCCAGCCAUGUUUACAUGGACAUCAAAAGGAGUGCUAAGGAGAUUUGGGAUGAUCUUCGAGGUAGGGCUGAAGCAGUUCGUGAGCCAAAGCUCGAUGGUUUGAGAGCAGAGAUGGACUGGUUCACCUUGGGAGAACAUGAGACCCCCCAGGACAUGUAUACAAGGCUCAACAAAUUGGUCAAUGACAUGAAGGGCCUUGGAUGCAAAGAGAUGACCGAUUCAUAUGUUGUGAGGAAAAUGCUUCGCGUCAUGACACCAAGCAACUCAACCUUGGUGACCCUCAUCCGUGGGAAGCCUAACUUUGAACAACUCACCCCUCGGGAUGUGCUUGCAACAUUCCUCCUGUACGACAUGGUGCAAAAGGAUUCCAAAAUCGUGAGUCAUUAUGCUUCGCCAAGCUCAAACAAAAAGAUCAAAAUCUCCUUGAAGGCCCAACGACUCCUAGCGGAGGAAUCAAGCGAUGAGGAACAUGACCAAGAUCAAGACCGAGAGCAUAUUCAAGAAAUGACUCUCUUGGUGAAGAACUUUGGAAGGAUGCUUGGAAAGAAAGAGCAUGAAGCAAGAGGAAGAAGCAAUUUUCCUGACAAGUCACAGAAGAGAAACUCAAGGAGAUCCUGCUAUAAAUGUGGUGCCCCUAAUCAUCUUGUUGCCAAUUGCCCUUUCAAUCCAUAUGAUGACUGAUCUAGUAGUGACACGAUCUUAGAUUAAGCAUCCAAUGUCUACUAUUUAGUGUCAAGAAUUUCUAUUUAAUUGCUUUUAAGAUAUCAUGUAAUGGUCUUCUAUGAAAAUGCUAGCAUGUCCCCUGUAAAACGCACAUGUCUUCCUCACAGGAAGCUGACGUUUCUCAAUCUUCAUUCGUAUAUGCAAAUAUACGUUUCUUUUC